UCCUUUGUCUUGUGUAUUUUAGAGAUAGAGCUACCGCUAGCUUGCACCAUUUCUCAUUCACGACUCUCAUCAGCAUCACUGUCCUAAUGGAAUCAGCUGCUGGUGCUGAGAGCAAUGGAGAGCAUGAAAUCAUCGGUUGGUUCGAGGACGUAUCAGAGAAUACGGGCUAUGUCCAGACUCAGACGCUUUGCCGGAUUCUUGAACUGAAUUCUGGUGUGGAGUAUCUCAAGAAAUGGCUGGGGGACAUCAAUGUCCAAGAGAUGGAGGCAAGUGCAUUGGAAUCUCUUUACACCUCUUUAGUCCCCCUUGCCUCCCAUGCAGAUUUGGAGACUUAUAUUCAGAGAAUUGCAGAUGGAGACACCUCUCCCAUUCUCACUAACCAGCCUAUAACCACUCUCUCCUUGAGUUCUGGAACCACAGAGGGAAGACAGAAGUAUGUCCCCUUUACUCGCCAUAGCUCACAGACUACUCUUCAGAUUUUUCAGUUAGCGGCAGCUUACAGAUCAAGAGUUUAUCCGAUAACGCCGGGAAGAAGGAUCCUCGAAUUCAUAUACAGCAGCAAACAAUUCAAAACAAAGGGAGGCUUAAUAGCAGGAACAGCCACAACACACUAUUUUGCCAGUGAAGAAUUUAAAAUCAAACAGGAGAAGACAAAGUCAUUCACUUGCAGCCCAGAAGAAGUAAUCUCAAGCGGAGACUACAAACAAUCCACAUAUUGCCAUCUCCUCCUUGGCCUCCAUUUCCAUGAUGAAGUGGAGUUCAUAACUUCCACUUUUGCUUAUAGCAUAGUUCAGGCAUUCAGAGCUUUUGAAGAGCUAUGGAGAAACAUAUGUAGUGACAUCAGAGAAGGCAUUGUCAGCUCAAGAAUCAGCCUGCCCAAGGUGAGAAAAGCCGUCUCCGAUAUCAUAUCACCGAACCCGGGUUUGGCAUCAUGGAUUGAAGCAAGUUGCAAGGAGUUAGAAGAUAAAGACUGGUUUGGCCUAAUUCCUAAGCUUUGGCCAAAUGCUAAGUAUGUGUAUUCCAUAAUGACGGGAUCAAUGCAACCAUAUUUGAAAAAGCUAAGGCAUUAUGCUGGGGACUUGCCUUUAGUGAGUGCUGAUUAUGGAUCAACUGAGAGUUGGAUUGGAGCGAAUAUAGAUCCUUCUUCUCCUCCAGAGAAUGUGACUUUUGCAGUGAUACCCACUUUUUCUUACUUCGAGUUCAUACCACUUUAUAGACACAACCAAAAUUGUAGUUCCUCCAUUGAUGACUUCAUAGAAGAUGAACCAGUACCACUCUCUCAAGUCAAGAUUGGACAGGAGUACGAGAUCGUCCUCACAACUUUUACUGGUCUGUACAGGUACAGAUUAGGAGAUGUAGUUGAAGUGGCUGGCUUCCACAAAGGGACCCCCAAACUGAACUUUAUAUGCAGGAGAAAGCUUAUCUUAACUGUUAAUAUAGACAAAAAUACUGAAAAGGAUCUUCAGUCUGUGGUGGAGGUGGGCUCCCAACUACUGGGCAAGACCAAAGCCGAGCUAGUCGAUUUCACAAGCCAUGCAGAUUUGGUGAAGCAACCUGGUCAUUACAUAAUUUACUGGGAAAUCAAAGGAGAAGCCGACGACAAGGUACUUAGCGAAUGCUGCAAUGAAAUGGACGCGUGUUUUGUCGAUCAAGGCUACAUUGUAUCGAGGAAAACCCACUCAAUUGGACCUCUAGAGCUUUGCAUUGUAGAGAGAGGAACUUUCAAGAAAAUUCUGGAUCAUUUCAUAGGCAAGGGUGCGGCAUUGAGCCAGUUCAAGACCCCAAGAUGCACUGCUGAUGAGGUCCUCCUAAGAAUUCUCAAUGUCUGCACCAUUAAAAGGUUUCACAGCACAGCCUAUGGAUGAAACCAGAAAAAGAAAGACAGCAAAUGUUUGAUAGUCAUUACAUCUACUGAUCUCCAUUACAUAGCUUGUUAACUCCCAGAAAGUCUCCAAUUUUCAGAUGUAAACAACCAAGAAAUGCGUUGUUAAUCUCAUUGCUAGCUUGCCAUUGCCUAGCCAGACAUAUAGAAUUGGUCACUACGGGUGUAUCAUCCUACUACAUGACAUGUAAUUCAGUGCUAUAACUCCUAACAAUAUGAGGGAUUCCUUUUGGCAAAUAAUAUUUCCAUUGAAGAUCUCUAUAUUUCA